CUCCUUCACUGGCGAGUGAGGAGGAAAAUCAGCUGAAGGAAAACACUGCUGGAUACUUCAAACCAUGGCUGCGGAGAUCCACUCGAGGCCCCAAACCGCCAGACCGAUCCUUCUCAACAAGAUCGAGGGCCACACAGACGCUGUCAAUGCGGCCGUUUUAAUACCAAAAGAAGAUGGAGUGAUCACGGUCAGCGAGGACAGAACCAUCCGAGUUUGGCUGAAAAGAGACAGCGGUCAGUACUGGCCGAGCAUCUACCACACAGUGUCCUCUCCGUGCUCCUGCAUGUCGUACCAUCAUGACAGCAGACGCAUCUUCAUAGGCCAAGACAAUGGAGCUGUUGUGGAGUUUCUUAUCUCUGAAGACUUCAACAAGAUGAACCAUGUAAAAACAUAUCCAGCCCACCAGAACCGUGUGUCAGAUAUGGUGUUCUCCCUGGAGAGCGAGUGGGUGGUGAGCACUGGCCACGACAAGAGUGUGAGCUGGAUGUGCACCCAGAGCGGCAGCAUGCUGGGGAGACACUACUUCACAGCCUGGGCCUCCUGCCUACAAUACGAUCAUGAGACGCAGCAUGCCUUUGUUGGCGAUUACUCAGGACAGAUCACGCUGCUGAAACUGGAGAAGCAGACGUACUCCACCAUCACUACACUGAAGGGGCAUGAAGGUAGUAUAGCGACCCUGUGGUGGGACCCUGUCCAGAGGCUGCUGUUCUCAGGGGCCUCCGACCACAGCGUCAUCAUGUGGGACAUCGGGGGCCGCAAAGGACGAACGUUACUGUUACAGGGACAUCAUGAGCGUGUUCAGGCCCUGCGUUACCUCCAGUUGACCAGGCAGCUGGUGUCAUGCUCAGCCGACGGAGGCAUGGCAGUGUGGAACAUGGACACACAGAGAGAAGAGGCGCCCCAGUGGUUAGACAGCGACUCUUGUCAGAAGUGUGAGCAGCCUUUCUUCUGGAACAUAAAGCAGAUGUGGGACACUAAGACCCUGGGGCUCAGACAGCACCACUGCAGGAAGUGUGGCCAGGCUGUGUGUGGGAAAUGUAGUUCUAAACGCACCACGUUCCCGAUCAUGGGCUUCGAGUUCCCAGUGCGGGUGUGUGACGCCUGCUUUGAAUCCAUCAAAGAUGAAGAUCGAACGCCAUUGGCCACCUUCCAUGAGGGGAAACACAACAUCGCCCACAUGGACAUGGACCCAUCCAGAGGCCUGAUGGUCACUUGUGGAAGCGACCGCAUUGUUAAGAUCUGGGAUGUGACGCAGGUGGUUGGCUGUAGCUUAGCAACAGGCUUCUCCUCGCGCUGAUUGGUCCAGCCCAACUACAUGCCCCCCCCCCCCUUCAUGCUCCGCCCACUCUUCCACUGUCAUGGAAACCCCUCUGUACAGUACAUCUCCCCAUCACUCCUGGGAUCCUCUGCUACAACCAGGCCUGCUCUCGGUGAAUGUGUGUGUGGGUGUGUAUGUGUGUGUCUGUGUGUGUGUGUGUGUAUCGACAGUCCUCCACAUUCAAAUCUUUACUUUCACUAACCGUCAGUCCUACAUGAAAGUGUGUGUGGCUAAUUUUUCGACUUUUUGCUCUGAUCCGAAACAGAACCCGAAGCACAAUUUUGUGUGUGUGUGUGUGUG